AUGCCCGGCCACCUACAAGACCCGAGCAGUCAAUGGGACGGACGAUACUUUGACCCGCACCAGUCGACGGAGCGAUGGGCCGAACUGCAAGGUCCAUGGGUGCCGUUUGGCCCGUUUGACCAGGCCAUCGACUAUUUCCAAGACGGCAGCUUUUGGAUCAUCCGCGCUCCUGGACAUAUGCCCGGCAACUUGUGUGCAGCUGCGCGCGUCCAUGGCGGUCACUGGAUCGUGCUGGGCAGCGACUGUUGUCAUUCGAGGGAAAUCUACAAGGGAAUACACGACUUUGGCUAUUUUGCCUUACCUGAUGGGCGCGCAGCUUGCCUCCAUGCCGACGUACAGGCCGCCCGGGACACCAUCGAGCGCAUCACCAUCAUGGAAACCGUGCAUGGAGCACACAUCGCCUUCGCCCAUGACGCCAGUUGGAUGGUGGCCGCCGAAGAUCCUGUGCUCAUGUCGCUCCUGGGAGAACGUCUGCAGGCGGCAGCGCGCGAAAGAAUUCCUUUCGGGGAGGUGGCAUAA